AUGUUCAACAGCUUCAAUAAUCCACGGCAGCGCUCUCCUUCUCAUUCUUUCUCCCAUCCGGUUCCGCUCCGUCCUCAAGACUACUACCUCCCCAAUUCUGCGUCGGAUUCCCCUGCUCUCGACCCAUCGGGCACCUCCUCUCGCCAUCUUGCCCGUGAACACUCGCGCCACGAUUACUACUCCCAGCACUCCGACCAGGUAUACCGUAGCGUGCGACAUAAUGCCGCCACGAAUUACGACGCUCGCCAUUCCUUCUCCCAGUCCAGCGCCUUCUCCCAGUCUUAUAACCGUCACGUCGGCACGUCAGACUUGCAUAUCUCCUCUAGCAUCUCAUAUCAUGCCCAACAUUCUCACAACGCGUUGCCACCGGUCUACACCAACAUGGACCACCUCAAGCGGAAUGAACCGUCAACUGUCGUCGAUAAUUAUUCACUAGCCCCUCACCCUUCGGAAUUCGCCUCCGAGUCUCCCUUGUCAGCAAUCCCGGGGCCUCCGUCGGAGCACUCGGACUCGGAUUUCUGGUCGACUGAAACGCCAGACGCUCCAGCUGCAGAACCAUCCAAGCCUAGAAAGGCGCGACGAGAGAAGCCCCGUAUCGCACUCGCGCCUGACCAACCACCAACAACCCAGGGCAAACCUCGUGCGCGAGUCUACGUAGCGUGCGUUCAGUGUCGCACCCGAAAGAUACGUUGCGAUGGCGCAAAGCCGGUCUGCCACAAUUGUGGCCGCAGAUCAAAUGGCAAUAAUGAAUGCGACUACGACCCGGUUCCCAAGCGCCGUGGCCCAGACAAAAUACCAGGCGCUCGUCAGCGCAUGGCAAGAGAUCUUAUGAACGAAAUUGAUAACGGCCUCCCCCAACGACGCCGCCGUCGAACCAGUGAUAAUUCGAGUUCACACUCCAACGAAACAACUCAUCACCAAAUGCCAAUGCAGCACCCCAGUACUAGUGCCACGGACUCCCCUCAGAAUCGCAGGCCCGGUUCAGAUAGCUCUAUUCCCCUCACCCUACAUUCAUCUGGUGAUAAUUCUAGCACCAGUGAAUUUGUACCUCUUCCAAACUAUUCGCGUUCUUCAUAUACUCCAUGCGGAUGUCAUGGCCUCAGCCAAUGCCCAGAGCUUUUGGGUGUGUGGGAGGUUUGA